AUGGAAGAGAUUUGUGCUUCAAUUGCAUCUCAAUUUGUAGAAGAACCAGUGGCACUAAUUGGGAGACAACUCAGCUAUCUAAUUUACUAUGAUUCCAACAUAGAAAUUCUGAAGGAUGCACUUAAAAAGCUUGAUGACAAGAAAAAUGAUGUUCAAAGAUCUGUGGAUGCUGCAAAAAGGAAUGGUGCAACCAUCAAAGAUCAAGUUCAGAGCUGGCUGAAGGAUGUAAGCAAAAUAUUUCGUGAAGCGGAAGAACUUCAAACCAAACUCAACGUGCAAACGUGGUGCCCAAGUUUGAAAUCGCGGUAUUCUCUGAGUAGGAAAGCCAAAAAGAUUGCCGAGCGUGUACUUGAUCUCAAACUAGAUGAAGAACUGAGUAAUAAUGUUGCCAAUCCUGCACAUCUGCAACAGCUAGGGUUAAUAAUCUCUAGUAAAGGUUUUAAGGGUUUUGAAUCCAGAAAAGCAGUCAUGAAUGAUGUGCUUAGUGCUUUGAGGAAUGAAAAGACAAGAAUAAUUGGGAUUUGUGGGAUGGGAGGUGUGGGUAAAACCACAAUGGUAAGAGAAAUCAUCAAGAGAUUAGAAGGAACGAGUCAGUUGUUUGAUGACGUUGUGAUGUCAACUGUCUCCGCAACUGUAAGCAUUAGGACAAUUCAAGCUGAAAUUGCAGAGCCACUUGGUAUGAAAUUGGAUGAGGCACCGAAAUCUGUAAGAGCACGAAAGCUACAUGAGAGAAUCAAGCAGAGUAAAAAAAUCCUGAUUAUAUUGGAUGAUGUAUGGUCAGAGCUUAAAUUACAAGAUGUAGGAAUCCCUUUUGCUGAUCAUGAAGGGUGCAAAAUUUUGUUGACAUCUCGAAAUGAAGAAGUUUGUAAAGUAAUGGGUUGUAAAGAUGACAUUUUUGGAGUCCAAGCCUUAAAUAAAGAAGAAGCAUGGGAGCUUUUCAGGGCGACUGUAGGUGAAUCCUUGGACAAUAAUCCUGAUUUGUCUCAUGUUGCAAAAUUGAUUGUUGAUGAAUGCAAAGGUUUACCCAUUGCUAUCAUAACUGUUGGGAAAGCUCUUCUACCAAGUAAUGGCAAGCAUGAAUGGAAUACUGCCUUGCAUGAAUUGAAAAAUUCCCUCCCUGAAAAUAUCCCUGGAAUGAAACCCGAGGUUUAUUCUUGCAUAAAAUUGAGUUAUGAUAAAUUGGAUAGUGAUGAAGUCAAGUCAUGCUUUUUACUUUGUUGCUUAUUUCCAGAAGAUUAUGAUAUUCCGAUUGAGUAUUUGGUGAGGUAUGGGUUGGGUCGAGCAACUUUUAGAAACACCAACACAGUCGAAGAUGUAAGAAACAAAGUGCAUUCUUUCGUUGGACAACUAAAAAGAAGGUAUUUGUUGUUGGAUAGUCAUAAGGAAGAGUGUAUCAAAAUGCAUGACAUAGUUCGUGAUGUUGCUAUAUCAAUUGCCUCAAAAGAUCCUCACAGAUUUAUGGUAAGAUCAUUUGAUGCUGAAGGUGGAGGUGGAGGACGGCCAGGGGUACAAAAAGUUACAAACCAAGAACAUUGCAGUGCAAUUUCGUUAAUUGAUGUUAAAUUGGAUGAAAAUAUUACUGAUGGUUUGGAGUGCCCCAAACUUGAGCUUCUGCAACUGAAAAAUUCCUCAAGUAGUUCAGAAUAUUCCAACCACUUUAAAAGAAUGAAAGAACUCAAGGUUUUAUCUUUCUUAGAGGUGAAUAUGUCAAGCUAUUUGGCCUCGGAAAAAUCUCUACUGCUUGGAGAACCCAAGUACCUUCAUACCUUGUGUCUAGAGGAUUGCAAUUUGGGAGACAUAUCCCAUGUUAUUGGAGGAUUGGAGAAUUUGGAGAUCCUCAGCUUUGCCCGCUCUCAAAUCAAUAAGUUGCCUAGAGAAAUAGGACAUCUUCAUAAGUUAAGGAUGCUAGAUGCAACAGAUUGUGAUGGACUUGAAGAAAUUCCUCACGGUGUCUUAUCCAACUUGAGGAGAUUAGAAGAGUUGUACAUGGCAGAAAGCUUUCUCAAUUGGGGGCCAGCAACAGGAAGCAAGGAUGAAACGAGUAUGGCAAGCCUUGAUGAGGUGAUGUCUCUAUCUGAUCAUUUAAAUGUCUUAGCCAUAAAAAUCCAUGAUGUUCAGAUGUUGCGGAAUGAUAAGUUUCUUUUAAAAAGCCAGCCUAUAAGAUUUCAUGUAUCUAUCAAUAUUAGUUGGUCUUACAAAAAAGAGAGUUUCAAGAAUCGAAUGCAUGCGUAUCUGUUCGAAAAGAGUUUGAUGCUUCGUGGUGAUGUAAAGGAAUAUUUGGAGAUUGGAGCAGUUAGAUACUUCUUGAAGCAAUCUGAAGACUUAGUCCUAUUUUACACAUACAAUUUAAAGUAUGUCAUCGAGGAGUUAGAUGGUCAAGGAGGCUUUCAACACUUGAAAGUUUUAUCAAUCAUGUGUGACGACAACAUAGAGUAUCUUAUGAAUGGAAUGAAUUGGACUCCUCGUGGUCAACCUGCCUUCCCCAUCUUAAAGUCAGCUACCUUCAAGAAUGUUCACAAAUUAAAAUUUGUGUGUUGUGGCAAACUGCUAGACAAGCGCUCCUUUACGAACCUAAGAUCCAUUAAAAUUGACAGUUGUGAUGAGUUAAAAUAUGUCUUUUCACUAUCCGUAACACAAAACUUGGUACAACUCAAAAGCUUAAAGGUUAAAAAUUGUGCUAAAGUGGAAGAGAUCAUAUCAAAGGAGAGAAUGGAAGAUGAUAAUGCAUCUCACAGGAUAAGUUUCCCAAGAUUAACUUUUUUGGAGCUUCAUUUUCUACCAAAGCUCCGUGGUUUCUACACGGGAAACCAACGGGACUCCACCUAUGAGUUCUAG